AUGAAAAUCAUAGCUAAAGAACUUAAUAUUGAUUAAAGUCAUGAAAAGGUUGAAUUAAUUAAUGAUAAAGAUAUUACUAGAAAAGAAUGGGAAAUUUAUUAUAUUUAUAUGGAAAUCUUAUAACAUUUUGGAUAAAAGAUAUAAAAUUUAAAGAAAAAAGGAAAUACUUAGAUUUAAGAAAAUUAAGCUUUUUUGUAUAAAUUAAUUUUUAGAAAGGCUUUGGGAGAUGCUAAUGAAUUAUGGUAUAAAAAUCAUCCAAGUGUUAUGAGUGAAAUAACAUAAAAUAAAUCAAUAUUAUUGAAUUUAUGGGGUAGACUAAAUGUAGAUCCUGUUGCACCAUAUACUGAAUUCUUUUAACCAAAUAAUGAGGUAGGUAAUUCAAUGUGGAGAAAAUAUGAAGUUAAUGAAAAAGGUUUAAGAUCAGAAUUUAUUAAUAUGGAAAAAAUAAAAAUUACUCAUGCAAUAGUAUUAAAAAAUAUCAAUAUUUUAAAAAUGAUUAAAGAACUUAUUGUAACUGCUUAUUUUCCAAUUCAUGAUCAUUAUCAAUUAUAAGCAAUUCCAAAAAGUCCAUUUUUUGAAAAACUUAUUGAAGGUGAAUUUAUGUAACCAAAAGAAGAUACAGAACAUGAAUAUGAAUUAAAAAAUCUAUUUAAUGAAUUAAAAGAUGAAGCAGAACCUACUGAUUUUGAUUCAGAUAGUUUAGAGAAAUCAAGUGCAUUUAAUUUUAGAAUUCCAUGGCAUGUAUCAAUUAAUUCUAUGAGAGAUUAUUUUGGUGAAAAAAUAGCUCUUUAUUUCUCUUUUUUGAGUUAUUUUACUAAAUAAUUAUGGUAUAUGGCUAUAAUUGGAAUUAUUGCUUAAGGAUUAAUAUCUGCUUCAACAGAAUAAGCUAAAUCUACAAUGAUUAUUUUAUUUUCAUUAGCUAUAAUUAUUUGGAGUACAUUUUUUAUUGAAUUUUGGAAAAGAGAAUAAAUAUUAUUUAGUGUUUAAUUUGGAUAAUAAAAUUUUGAAGAGGAUGAAGCUGAAAGACCAGCAUUUUAAGGAAAAUAUAUAAGAUCUAUUACAAAUGAUGAUUUGAAUGAAGAAUUUUAUUCUCCUUUUCUUAGAAAGAUGAAAUAAUUAUUUUCAUUAGCUGUUAGUUUUCUUAUUAUAGGAUGUGUUAUUGGUAGUGUGUUAGGUAUAUUUUUUUUUAAGAAUCUAAUGUUAUAAUAAAAAGCUGAUCCUUUUUAUGCUUAGAAUGUUCCAGCUCUUUUAAAUUUUAUUUAAAUUAACUUUUUUAACUUUGUCUAUUAAAAAUUAAGUGAUAUUUUUAAUAUGUAUGAAAAUCAUAAGAUUUUAUCAUCCUAUGAAAAUUCUCUUAUUGCUAAAAUAUUCAUAUUUAUGUUCGUUAACAAGUAAAUUAUUAUUAUUUAUAUUAUUUUAGUUUCAAUUCUUUUUUUAUCAUUUCGUUUCUAUCUGGAUAUUUUUCAUAAUUAUAAUUAUGUAAAGUAAGUGAAGAUAUUCAGAAUGACUGUUUUUAAGUAUUAUCUAAUUAGAUGACAGUUAUUUUCCUAUCCAAUAUAGGUAAAAACAUUCCAGAAUUAGCAACUCCAUAUAUCAAAGCUUUUAUUACAAAAGUAAAAUAUUUUAUUAUAUUAAAUAUUAGUAAAUGAAAUCCAAAACUGCCAAAGAAGUUGAACAUGCAUUUAAAUUAAUUGAUUCAGCUAUUGAUGAUUAAAUGGAAUUAGAACCAUAUUAAACAAAUGAAGAAGUAGAUGGAACAGUUAAUGAUUAUAUGGAACUUGUUAUUUAAUUUUCAUAUCUAGCUUUAUUUGGACUUGCCUUUCCAUCAUGUUAUAUAUUAGCAUUUGUUUCAAACAUUAUAGAAAUACAAGUUGAUAAAUUUAAAUUGAUCAGAGUUUCAAGAAGACCAUUUCCAUAAGGAGCUGCAACUAUUGGAAAUUGGCUUAUUAUUUUAGAAGUUAUCACAUUUUUUGGAAUAUUCUCAAACUCUGGUUUAAUUGUUUAUACCUCCUAAACAAUUUAAACUAAUUAAAUUGUUAUAUUUUCAGUUUUACUAGUAGUUUUUUUGGCAUUGAAGUAUUUUAUUCGAUUUUUAGUGCCAGAUGAGCCAGAAUCAGCAACAAUUUUAAAUAAAAGACAUUAAUAUGUUGUUGAUAAAGUAGUUAAAGUAAGAUAUUAUAUUAUUUUAAGGGUUUUGCUCAAACUGGACAAAAAUCUUACACUCCAGCCAAAAUUAACUUAAAAAUUGGAGGUGUUAUAUAUUCACAAUAAGUUUCAUAAAUAUUUAAUCAAGAUGAGAGUAGCAAUAGAAAUGAAGAGAUUGCUGAAUGA